AUGUCGGAAGCCACAAACAUCACUCAACCGCCAGCAUAUUCAAAAAAGUUUGUGGUGGUGGGAGAUGGUGGUUGCGGUAAGACAUGUCUUCUUAUCAGUUAUUCACAAGGGUAUUUCCCUGAGAAAUAUGUUCCUACCGUGUUCGAGAAUUAUAUCACGCAAACCACCCAUCGAGCUUCUGGAAAGACAGUCGAACUGGCUCUCUGGGAUACUGCUGGACAGGAAGAGUACGACAGACUGCGGCCACUCUCAUACCCCGAAACAGAUCUUUUGUUCGUCUGCUUUGCCAUCGAUUGUCCUGCAUCGCUAGAGAAUGUCAUGGACAAGUGGUAUCCCGAAGUACUGCAUUUCUGUCCCACCACGCCUAUAAUACUUGUCGGUUUGAAGUCGGAUCUGCGCUCGAAGAGGACUUGUAUCGAACUCCUGAAAACUCAAGGAUUGACUCCCGUUACACCGGAACAGGGCGAGGCAGUUGCCAGGAGAAUGAAUGCUUCCUAUAUCGAAUGCAGUAGCAAGGAAAUGCGCGGUGUUGAUGAAGUUUUUGCAAUGGCAGUCGAUACCGUCGUGUCUGCCGAAGAACAAGACUGGAUGGGCACCAGCCAGAGUAACGGCACCAGCAGCAAAUUCGGAGGAGGUGGCGGUGGCCUCAGGAGCGGCAGCAAGAAGGUUAAGAAGCGUACUUGCAAGAUUUUGUAA